AUGUCGCUGCCCAGCAUCUUGGAGAAUGACAAGCUGGGGGAUGAGGCUGUGCUACGCAACUUCCUAUCCAGGUCCCUGCCUGGUUCUUUUGGGGAGGACGCACCCGACAUGUCCAGCAUGGACUGUUUCGUGGCAGUCAUUCGCCACAUCUGCAGUGUGGUGCACGGCGAUCUGAUGCAGUUUGUCGCAGCAGACCACGGUUUGAGGUUCGUCCUGGCAGACUUCUCGGCCGAGACGGAGGAAAAGCGCAGCAGUGUGCAGGAGUACAGGAUUUCCAAGUUCAAGCAUGUUGAGCGGCUCGUCGGCAAGAAGAAUCCCACCUUUGAAGACAUCAUUGAGUGCGACGCAGUGCUCAAGAACUUCUGGGCUCACGACGGCCUGCUUCUCUUCCAGACCCUCAUCCACCUAGACGAACCCAACGAAACGUGGUACCACGAGGCUGACGACAGAGUGUUUGCGGCUGCGCGGAGCCUCGUGGAUUGGCCUCUACAGAAAUUCGACACGAUCCAGGACGUCCUCGAUAUGACCAAGUCUGGAACCAGCCCAAACAGCGGCGGACAAGAGGUCUUGUUCACACCUGGCAGGCCGGCCGUGGUGCGUGUCCGGCUCGCAUCCAAGGUCGACCGUCGGACCUGGCAGGGGAGCUUCAGCAUCAGGGAUGCCCAGUGCUUCUCGUACAAUGAGAUCACUCGGAACACGGUCUGGCACCCGGCCGAGAACGUAACAACCAUUAGGGAGACGGUGUCCAGAAAGCCACAGGACAGGCUAGUGUACUGCCUGAUCGCCGUCGUGAGGCUUCGGAAUCCAGGCGAGCACUGUGACUACGCCCGUCUGUACGACCUGCAGUCUCAGAAUGUCUUACCGCUGGGCGAUCAGCGAUACUUUGGCACGUUCAACAAUGACUGGUGGUCUCUCGAGCACCUCACGCACAACCACAUGCUGUACUAUGCCAGGGUAGAUUACACGUCCGUUGACUGUGUCCGCCUGUACACGGAGUGUGAGGACCAGAGUCCGGACCCCCAGGUGGUCCGCAGGGAUGAGAUGGUCUUGGACGCGGCAUGGCAGGGGGGUCUUGCGAUGCAUGAAUCACGUGGGUCUGGUGCUCCUGACCAGUCUGAGGUCAGAGAUGAAUAUAUCGCCCAAAGUGAUUGGGCUUCCCAUACGCUCGAUUAG